AUGAUAGAGUCCGAGAAGAACCAACAUAUUCCAAUAGAGUAUGAAUCGAUGCCUAAUGAAUCUCCAUUGCAUUAUCAGAUGGUUGCUGGUGCCUUUGCUGGUAUUAUGGAGCACUCUGUAAUGUUCCCUGUCGACACGAUAAAGACUAAGAUCCAAGCUGCACCUAGCAUGCAAAUUGCAGUUGGAGGAACUGGGACUUCUACUGCUACUGCUAUUCAUUCAGCUAGGUAUUCUUCUGCCACAGUUUUAGGUAGUUUAUACAACGUUAUUAAGUUAGAAGGGGCAUCGUCGUUAUGGAAAGGUAUCCAACCAAUUCUUUUAGGAGCAGGGCCUGCACAUGCAGUCUAUUUUGGUGCGUACGAAUAUUUGAAGACUGUUUUGAUAGAUGAGAAUGACACUAGUAAGUAUCAUCCUCUUAAAGUUGCUUUAAGUGGGUUCGUUGCCACUGUAGCUUCUGAUGCUGUGAUGACUCCCAUUGAUACAAUAAAACAAAGAAUGCAAUUGGAAUCCGCAUCAAAAUUCUGGUACACUACUAAAUCUAUUAGUAAGAACGAAGGUUUGAAAGCUUUUUUCUAUUCAUAUCCUACUACAGUCGCCAUGGAUGUUCCAUUUUCUAUAUUGAAUUUUGUAAUAUAUGAUUCAUCUAUGCAAUUUUUCAAUCCUUCACAUAUAUAUAACCCAUAUAUCCACUGUGGUUGUGGUGCAUUAAGUGGUGGGAUUGCAGCAAUUGUGACGACGCCAUUAGAUUGUAUCAAGACCGUCUUGCAAGUUCGUGGUAGUAAAAAAAUCUCAAUGCAGGCAUUCAAAGAAGCAGAUUCAUUCUCUAAAGCAGCAAAGGCUAUCUACACCACAUAUGGUUGGACUGGAUUCUUCAGAGGUUUAAGACCGAGGGUUGUUGCAAAUGUGCCAGCGACAGCAAUUUCCUGGAGUUCAUAUGAAUUGGCAAAACAUCUCUUACUGCCUCCUUCUUCAAGAUUAAGCUAG